GUCAUUUAGAAGCUUGAAAAUAUAAAAAACAAAGCAAUGCUGAUCAACUUGGUGGUGGAAAUUGAUAUUUAACGCAAUAAUAUGGCAUCAGCUAACCCAGAAAGGCCACAAGGUGGAGCCAAUGGAAACCUUAUUGAUGAUCUUGAGAGUGCAUUUCAGGGCUGUGUGAGUUUAUUGACAAGCCAGGAAUACUUCAAUGUCACAGAUUCAGAGGAAACAAAAGCAGGAGUUGACCAGUCACUGCAGAAAUUCUUAGACCUUGCCCGACAAACUGAAGCAUUUUUCCUACACAAGAGAUUGGUUCUAUCAAAGACACGACCUGAACAAGACAUUAAAGAUAGCACAGAAGAACUAAAAGUGGAACUCGAGAGGAAGGAUCAGUUGGUGAAGCGACACCAAGAGAGAUUACAGAAAUGGCAGGGUCUGUUGAACAGUGUGGCAAGGGGACCAGGUGGGGGUGUACCGGCACAUGGCUCACAGACAAUGCCUCUGGGGCCCCCAGGUCAAGGCCCUGCUAAUAUGCCCCACCCCCACGGGCAAACAAUGCCUAAUCCAGCACAGAUGAACAUCCAAGGCCAGGGAUAUAAUGUAAACCAGCCCCAAGGGGCAACACAGAUUCAGGGUCAAAACCCACAGAUGAUGAUGCAGCGUCCUGCUCCAGGGCACCAAGGCAUGGUACAUAACCCUCCUCCAGCCUACCCUCAGGGCCCCUUGGCCUACCUUGAACAGACAAUGUCAGCUAUAGGAAUGCCAGAGAGGCGAUGAUUGUUAUUCAUCUGGUCAUGUGUAUAUAUACUCAUCAAAAAAUAAAAGAAAAAGUCAAAUGAU